CCCCAACGUCCAGCCAGUGCUUGUGCCAGCUGUGUCUGCAUCGGCCAGUUCGCGGUCGUUGGCUCCGCAACUCUAUGCGGCAGUCACCUGUCUCUCUAUGCCAUCUCUGUUUCCUUCAACAGAUAUUCCACCAUUCCUCCGCCACAUCAACCGAUGUCUCGUUCCUGGUGGUUCUCUGCAUCUGACACUGAUCGAUCCGCAGCCAAUCAGCUCAAAGACAGGACCAAAGCCAAGCGGCACCUUCCCUGCCUGGCUGGCAGUCGGACGGUUGAGAGGUAAGGGAAGCUCUAUUGCCACAGUCAGUGUUCCAGCCGUGCCCCAGUCCAUCAGGCACGAAGAGGAAGGCCACCUCGUGACUGUAAAGGAAGAGCUGCGGUGUCUGACGGCACGAAUGCUGUGGCAAGAUGUCUGGGGCCCAUUCGUCAAGGCCGAAAGAUGGUGGUGGGACGAUCAUGCGAUUGUGCAAGAGUGUGUCGAGUUCGGCACUCGAUGGGAGUACUCACAUAUCAUCGCGGUCAAGGAGACGCGUUGAGUUGUAGAACAAUGUAGUGACUGUUGACACAGAGCACGGCUAGGCAGCAAGCGUGCCUCCAGAACCCCACAGGCCGUGGCGUAAGUCCUGUUCACGCAAACAGGAUCCAGUCUCGGUUCACAGCACUGCGGUCGGAGAUGUCAUGUCGGUUUCCAUAUAAGCGGAGCAGUUCGAGCCUGUAAAGCUCGAUGGAUUGUGGUAAGAGAAUAUCCGGGGGCGGGUGUGGACAUAGGCUCAAUCCCUCGUGGUGCAGGCAUUUUCGUUAGAUCUGACAGGCCAGAAUCCGGUCCUGGGCGGCGGGUUCCAUGAGA